AUGGAGGGAGGAGAUUCUAGGGAUCACAAUCGUUCAUCGGAGUCAACUACGGCCACGGCGCCGCCAACGGAGACAUCCCCAACCGUCGGCAACGAGGUUUUAGAAUCCAACGACCCCUCCCUCUCCUCCCAGCUCCUUCCCGCCAUGCAAAAUCUCCAAAAUGCCCUCCUCGUUUCGCUUCCGGUGAAAGUCUCCACCGUCAACACGAUGGCGGUGCUCGCGGCAUCGGAGCCGCCCUUCGCCGGCGCUUUCCACGCGGAGCUGCUCCCUUCUCUUCAAGGAAUCUUCGGAUUCCUUCAGAAAACCGGGUCGCCGUUCAUGAUAAACCCGUACCCGUACUUCGCCUACCGCGACGAUCCGAGGCCCGAAACCCUAGCCUUCUGCUUGUUCCAGCCGAACGCAGGCCGGUUCGACGCCAACACCAACAUCAACUACAUGAACAUGUGGGAUGCGCAGCUGGACGCGGUGAAGUCCGCGCUCAAAAGCGCCGGGUUCGCCGAUCUUGAGUUCGUCGUGGCUGAGACCGGAUGGCCGUACAAAGGCGACCCCAAUGAGAACGGGGCGAGCGUCGACAAUGCGAAGGCGUUCAAUGGGAACUUGGUGCAGCAUUUGCGGUCGAUGGUGGGGACGCCGCUGAUGCCGGGGAAAUCGGUGGAUACUUACAUUUUCGCGCUUUACGACGAGGAUUUGAAGCCGGGGCCGGAGUCGGAGAGGUCGUUUGGGUUGUUUCAUCCUGAUCUUUCCAUGACUUACGAUGUUGGGCUUAAGAAGUCUAGUAGCUCAGGCUCGAGUCAGCCAACUCCAUCGUCGCCAUCAAAGAAACCGGCAACUGCGUGGUGCUUGCCGAAGCCGGGGGCAACGGACGAAGAACUGCAAGCGAACUUGGACUAUGCGUGCUCGCAGGAGGAGGUAGACUGCACCGCGAUCCAGCCAGGAGGCGUGUGUUUUGAGCCCAACACGGUCCGCUCGCAUGCCGCAUACGCAAUGAACCAGUUGUAUCAGAUCUCCGGCCGAAACUCGUGGGACUGCGACUUUCGACAGUCUGCUAUUCUCUCAUCCGACAACCCAAGUUAUGAUACCUGUGUUUAUCCCGGGAGCUGAGGAAAUGCCGAAAAGGGUGGAUUUGUUGAGGAAUAAAGAUGAAAGCUGUUGAUAACGGGUUAAUAGUAUAUUAAUAAUACUAUUGUUUAUUGUUGUGGUGGAGAAUGGAAUAAGAAACGGGUAUAAAGAUGUGUUGAAUAAUUGAGCUUGGUGUUUUCUUUUGGCAGCUUCGGUUCUGGUCGGGUCUAUGAUUUUAGAUUAGCGUUGGUUUGGGCCUAAAUUGAUAUAAAUAUUACCUUCCAGGUGUUGUUCUUUGUAUGUGGAACAAUAUAUUUUAAGUGUGGUUAUGUAUAGGGUUUCAUGUAAAGUAUUAGCAAGUAAUAUUGGAAGUAUGGUGUAAUCAUGGGGCCUUGUGGCUCCGCUUAA